AAUAAAUGAAUGAAAUUUCAGUUUUGUAAGAUGAUGAAAUGAAACUUGAGAUACAACUAUCAGAUUUUUAAAAGUAAUUAACGUUCCUCACCCUUUGGCUUUAUAAGGACACAUGUGUACAAAUCAGUGCAUGGCAUGCUCAAUGAGAUGCCUCUCCUCCACUGCUACUACUCAGAUGGCCACUCACAGCAGCUACCAGUAGCUAAUGCCAAAUUUCUUCAUCUUGACUGCGUAAAUCCUCCUCCAGCUGUUGACCAAGGUUGUCUCCCAGUGAUGAUGGCUGAACCCAAUGCUGACAAUGAUAAGAAGAGAAAAACCAACAACGAUAAGACAAGCUUGAUCACUGGGCAAUCAAAGGAGGGCAAGCUUAGCAGGCACAAGAAGGCUCAUGACGUGAAAAAUUCGAAGCCUUGUGAAGAGCUUUCCGCAGGGUAUAUUCACGUAAGAGCUAGGAGAGGUGAAGCAACAGAUAACCACAGCCUUGCCGAAAGGGUAAGAAGGGAGAAAAUUAGUGAAAGGAUGAAGGUGUUGCAAAGCUUGGUCCCUGGCUGUGAGAAGGUCACCGGAAAGGCACUUAUGCUGGAUGAGAUAAUCAACUACGUGCAAUCCUUGCAAAACCAAGUAGAGUUCCUCUCGAUGAAACUCGCUUCAGUCAACCCCAUGUUAUGCUCCGGUGCACAUUAUGAUAAUUUUGUGAUCCAAACAGAGACGUUAGGAAGAAGCAUUAUUCCACCAGAGAUGCCAUCUGUUGGCCAUACCACUGACCUUCAGCCCAUAGCUUUUGAGGAUGGCACAGCUGAUUGCCAGCCGAUGGGACAUUGGGCACAUUUGUUCCUGCAAGGCCAAGAGCCAACUUCCUUUCCCCAGGUUUGGUCACUUUCUCACAAGGCUUGCCCAUACGGAUAACUGGAACCUUUCAUUAGACGAGCACACUGAGGCAGAAGUCAUGCAAUGCAAGCAAGGGCAUCACAGGCCAUAAUCUUCCAUGUAUUACCUCAUUCAUGGUACAUGCAUAAUAGUGACCGCUGUGGUCAAUAGUUGACAUUGUUAUUGAUGAUUCCUAUGUGGCUGUGUUGACACUGACUCA